AUGGAAAGUCCAGCCAAUGAAAUCGAUUCCCCCAAAAUUCGCCGAGGCACUUUCACAUGUCAGUUCCCUCGCUGCAAUGCUUCCUACCGGCGUAAGGAGCAUCUAAACCGCCAUGAAGCAAAACACUCUGAGCAACAGAGCUUCCCGUGCUCCAUCUGUGAUCGAACUUUCGGCCGAAGUGAUACACUUAGACGACAUGUUCGACGGUAUCACAAGAUAAUUGAGCCUCUUAACCGUGCGGCACGAGCUUGUGAGAACUGUCAUGCAUCCAAGUCUCGGUGUCAAGGAUCUGUGCCAUGUGAUGAGUGUUUACGUCGCAAGCUUGAAUGCUCCUUCGACGACCAUACUGGUUUGAUACAAAAGCGACGCCCCGAAUCAUCAGCAGACCGUGUACCCAGCCCGAUACAUGAAAAAUCCAAUUGCAAUAACUGGGAGAAGGGGGCUGAGUAUAUUCAGCAUUAUUUUGAAGCAUUCCACCCUCAUUGGUCAUUUGUCCAUAAAGGGUCCUUCGAUUUGCGCCGUGAAACACCACUACUUCUUCAAUCAAUGGUUGUAAUCGGUAUGUGGGCCAGUGGAGAGGAAGCCGCAAAAACCGCAGCAGUGGAGCUCCAUGAUAAGUUGAGUUCGGCUAUUCGAGAUCAAAGGGAAAAAUGGGAUGCUUCAGAGAGAGACGAAGCUUGUAGCGCCUGCUUCUGGCCAAUGCCGACAUACCAGGCUAUCCUCCUGCAUAUUAUCUUCUCUCUGAUCCUCAAAGGCCAGGGUAUUUUAGAACUCGACCUCAAAGUCUCUCUUCCACGUGCAGAUCUGGAUUUACUCCAAGCACUUGUCCGAAGCUGUCGAAAGCUUGGCAUGUUUUAUUACCCGAAUAUCCUUUCCAGGUAUCACGAAGCAGGCCUUGCCUCGUUUAUAUGGGUGGGUAUUGAGGAAAUCAAACGAUUCAAUGUAGCCUUGUAUAAGGUUUGUGGGAAAUCAAGCAGCCUCAGUCUCGUAGGCGCAGGUAUGGAUCAUAAUGAUGCAGAAAGGGGCUUGAUGAGUGCAAAUGAGCUUCAAUUCCCACUGCCGAGCAACACUGCCUUGUGGAAUUCCGUUGGCAAAGAUGAGUGGAUUGUUCAUAUGAAAGACACAACCCCGGUCUCCUUAGAUGAUAAUUGUCAGGCGGACUGGAUCUCGAACUUCGCAAGAAUUUUAGAAAUCAUCGAGUUUUGA